UAGAAUUUUCGUCAGUGUGUCAUUGGCAGUGGCACGGGAAAGUUAUAGAGACUCGUACAACGCAGUCUCCUUCACUCCCACCUCGGCGGAAGAAGUGGUAAAAGCAGCCACUGAGACUUCUGACUGGUGAUUUACACUCUUACUUAGCAACAAUGUCGGUGAUCGGAAUCGAUUUCGGGAACGACGGGUGUUACAUUGCCGUUGCGAGACAGGGCGGCAUCGAGACCAUCACGAAUGACUACAGUUUACGCUCCACACCAUCAUGUGUCGCUUUUGGGGAAAAGAACCGCAUUCUGGGUGUCGCUGCCAAAAAUCAGAUGACCACCAAUAUGAAGAACACUGUGCAUGGAUUCAAGCGACUAUUAGGCAGACACUACAGGGACCCAAAAGUGCAGGCUGAAAUUGCUCCACUUCCUUACAAGACUGUUGAAUUACCAGAUAGAAGUGUUGGUAUUGCUGUACGAUACUUAAAUGAAGAACAGACAUUUUCAGCCUUACAAGUUACGUCAAUGCUUUUCACGAAGUUAAAACUAACAGCAGAACAGGCCCUUGGCAUCAAGGUUAACGAUGUUGUUAUUGGGGUAAGUAAGAAUAUGGACAUUAUCCGGAUGCUUCACUGCCAUAAUGUGGUUCAAGAUAUGGGCUUUACACUUACUUGGGUGGCCAGUCUGAUGGAUAUGUGGAUUGUUGGCCGGGUGCACUCGAACAAUCAUGUUAUACUGGUCACUGCAUUCAGAAAUAGGAUCCUGAGCAUCGAAAUAGCGUCCUUCCUGGAGCCAAUUCUCUUCCAUGCUUUGCAAUUGUGGGGAGUCGUUCUCGUCACCCAGGCCUUUAACCAAAAUGCUCAUGACAGUAUGUCCACGUUACCCAAGCCCACAGCCAAGUUUUCCCUUGAAGACAUGUUCACAUCAUCUGCCUGUCAAGCAAAAUUUUUUCAUGAUGUAAUGGUCAUGGCAUCCAAUGCAGAGGGCAAUUUUUGUUAUAAACUAAGAAUCAAAUACAUUUUUGUGGGGCUCCAUAUCAUAUAUACUGAGCUACAUGAAACUAAGAUAGGCGGUAACAUGAGCACUCUCACCCAUUAUGACACUGGAAAAAAGGUGCAUCGUUUAGGUGUGCUCGAGCUACACAAGCGCCGUAGCGCGCACUAUUGGUAUCUUAUAAGCGCACAUGCUGAACCUGUCACAUCACCUGAGAUGAAGCCAAGUAUAUGUCGUGUCUUCGAGAGUAACCUGUCUACAAGUAUUGAGGUCAUUGACAGCUUGGUGGUCAGACUAUUUACUAAGUCUCUGUCUUCGAAGCUGGUCGCCACCCGAGGUCCUAGUGAGGUUAAAAUAGCCUCACUUCGAUUUAGCAUCCACCACGUAGCAUGUGGUCAGACCCCAGAAGGAGGAAUCCCAGUCAUAUAUAUUGAUCUUAUGAGUAUCACCAGAGAGUAUAAUAUAUAUGACAUAAGUUAUGAACAUAGUGUUGCACUCUCAUUUGGUGGUACCACAAGAAGGUCCUCUGUUUUUAGGACUGCCAUGGAAAGUAUGGCAGAGUCGCUGUUCAAUCGUGUUGAGAUCACGCUGCAGACGUGCCUGGCUGAUUCCAACCUCAGGCUAGAUGACAUUUAUGGUGUUGAAGUUGUUGGUGGAUCAACCCGUAUCCCGGCCAUUAAGCAAUUGAUUGAGAAAGUGUUCAGGAAAACACCCUCAACCACACUCAACCAAGAUGAAGCAGUGGCAAGAGGAUGUGCCUUGCAGUGUGCAAUGCUCUCCCCUGCUUUUAAGGUACGAGAAUUCUCAAUAACAGAUGUGCAGCCGUACAGUAUUCGAUUAGUUUGGCAGGAUGAGUCUGGCCAGGAGGGUGAUAUGGAAGUGUUCCCAAAGAAUCAUCAGGUACCAUUCUCAAAAAUGCUGACCUUCUACCGACGGGAACCAUUCACACUUCAGGCUCAGUACACUGAUCCCGCCUCUUUCCCAGAUCCUAUUAUUGGCAAUUAUACGAUACAGAAAAUAGCUCCGGGACCAGAGGGAGAGUGCCAAAAGGUCAAGGUGAAAGUCAGGGUCAAUUUGCAUGGUCUCUUCACCAUAGCUUCAGCAACUCUGACUGAAAAGAAGGAGGCAGUGGAGGAACCUGCAGAAAAUAUGGAAACAGAGGAAAAACAGAAGAAUUCUGGGGAAGGUGAUGCAGCAGCUCAAGGAGAGAAUCAGAAAACCCCAGAACAGGAAGGUGCUCCAGAUCAGAAAAUGGAGACUGACAAGCCAGCAGAAGGAGCACCUCCAGCAAAGAAUGAAGGUGGAGAAAAGAAGGUCAAGAACGUUAUGAAAACUGUAGAGCUUCCCAUCAAUGAAGUCAGUAAGUCGCAUAGUGCCACUGAAAUGAACAAUUUGGUGGAGAGAGAAGCUCAGAUGGUCCAGGCAGAUAAGCUAGAGAAUGAACGAAUUAAUGCUAAGAAUGCUGUGGAAGAAUAUGUGUAUGACAUUAGGGGUCGUAUUUAUGAAGAAUUGGAAAAGUAUAUCAGUGAAGGCGAUAGAGAGAAGCUAGGCCUUAUGUUGGAAGAUACCGAGAAUUGGCUCUAUGAAGAUGGCGAAGACUGCAAGAAGCAAGUCUAUUUGGAUAAAUUAACAGAACUAAAGAAACAUGGCGAGCCAAUCAAGGACAGGAAGCGAGAACGAGAAGAACUUCCCAGGGCAUUUGAAAGCCUAUUAAGUUCCAUUCAGCUGGCACGCAAGGCGACAGAACAGUUCCGUAGUGGGGAGGAGAAGUAUAGUCAUCUCGAAGCUGCUCAGGUGGAAAAGGUUGAGAAGGCAAUUACCGAGAAGCAAGAAUGGGUAGACAAAAAUAUGGGAGCAUCUGCAUCGACUCCUCUGCAUGUAAACUUGCCAAUUUCUGCAAACCAAGUGAAGUCAGAGAAAGGAACCUUUGAAGCUUUGGUUAAUCCAAUUAUUAACAAGCCAAAGCCCAAACCAAAGGUGGAGGAACCACCCCCAGCAGAGAAGAAAGAAGGAGAGGAGGACAAGAACGCGGGAGAACAGACGAAUGGCCCUAAGAACAAUGAGCAGCAGCAGUCCAGUGAAAAGCCAACAGAACCAAUGGAUGUUGAUUAAUGCGAUAUCAUGGAUAUGGGAAGUUACAGGGAUUAGCUAGGGCUGCUCUUCUGCAGUAUUGCCUGAGAAGAAAUGUGUUGACGUCAAGACAUGGGAUUCCCUGAAUAAUGCUUUGUUUGUAAUGUUUUGUUUGAUAAGUUGCAGGGUUACCUUCCAUUUACGAACAGUAUAGCAUUGACAACAGCACCUAAUCUCAUAAUUUCAAAUCUUGGUCUUAAUCACCGCUUAAUUCUUAGUGUGAACAUAAGGUCAUACUAUGUCAAGUAGAGUAGAAAUUGCAGAUCAUGAAAUACCAAUUGAUUACGAUGUCAAUGUCACGAGGGUAUGUACCACUGCUUGAACUGAAUUAGGCAUUGGCCUAGGGCUUCAUGUCCAGUAAUAGUACUAUUUUUUUUCUCUCUUUUUAAAUAUUUUUUUUUUCCUCAAACUUUUUAUGUAUUGAGGGAUUCUGGUGAUACAAUGUGCCCCUGUCCAUAGUAACUGGUAGGUGUAGCAAUGACUUUAUAAAGUAUAGCACAUAGUUAAGUUAGUAGAGUGGAUGUCAUAGCAAUGACUAUGUCAGAAGAAGCAUUAUUAAUAUUUGUACAUAAUCAUACCCUCUGCUAGACAUAGAUCUCUAACUUCAUAUUGAAGUUUUUUCUUCUUUUUUGAGUCAGGAUCAAUUAAGUUGUCAAUCUACGGCAUCAGGCUUCUCAUGUAUUGCUGUAUGUGUAAAAUCAUCUCAUUGUCUGAUUUAAAAGCUCAUGUUCUUCAAGCGAGAAAGAUUUAAACAAUAAGACUGUCCAGUAAAUCAUUGGAGUUUUAUUUCUUUGGUUUUGUCCAUGAGAUCAGUGAAGAUUUUCCCCCUUUUUUUUUUUUUUACAUUUCCAGUUUUGUUUGAUACUUCAUAGAAUUUAUUUUACAGUGAUGUUGAAGUGGAAAAGUCCUGCUAGCAAAGAGCAUAUUAAUUUUCACUACAUUAGUUAAAGGAAAGAGAGUGAGUGAGUUACAAGGCCUCACUGAUCACUUGCUGUAAUCAUUCCACUGUAUUUGCUUCUGUGAAUGACUGUCUCAAAUAGUAAGGAUAAACCAACUUCAUCAACUGAGUCUCAUUACGACCUUUUCUUUCGCCAGUGGUAGAUAAGGGGGUUGGGAAAGUAAUAUCGAACAUCUAUAAAAGCAGAGAAAAGAGGAGGGUGUAUAAGACGUGUCACCAGGAUUUGUUUCUUUAGGAAAGUGUUUGAUUUGUUGUUAUAAAGGUCCUUCUAUGCCAUCGAUUAUCUUAUCUAAAUUAUAUAUUAAAAUUAAAAGAAUUACUCUAAAAUGGUUUGAAUGGAAUUUACGAUUUGGAGAGACGAAAUAGAAGAUGGUCUGCAAGUAUGACAAUACUACUAAACUUAAUAUGCUUGGUAUGUAAAAUAAAAAAUCAGGUAUAAACAUU